AUGGUACACACAUCAUAAGGGUGUACUAAAUUUCAAAAAGACUCAGUUCAAAUCUUUUCCUCUCAGAAUGAAUAAGUAAAGUUGAAUUAUGAGGAUGUGUUUAUGAGCAGAGAUUUUAGCAAUAUUUAAAUAAUUGACUAAUCACAAACACUUAGUUACAUUGAUCCAAUAAAACUAUUGGAAUAAGUCGAUUAUGAUUCCACUUAAAUUUUAGCAGUUGAUGUUUUAUAAUAGGAUCUUAGUUAUGAAUGGAAGAACAAAUUCGCAGCUUUGGUAAAAAAUAAUAAUAAACUCAAAAUCUCAAUAAGUAACCAGAUAAAUAGAGGUCAGAAGAGUAGAAUCCCUUAAUUUGACAAAUUCAGCACUGAUAUAGAUGCAGAUUUUUGUUUUGACUUAGCAUUUUUAUCUGAUUCGACCGUUGUUGCUGAUUGUAUUUAUGUAGAAGAAAAUGGAGGAAUGUAAAAUGUUAUGUUUUUUUGGGAUGAUGAAACCUAAACUUUUAUGAAAAGUGUGAAUGAUAAUUUAAUUGGCUAUACUUCUGCUACCAAAAGGAAAUUAUUAGCUGCUAAUAAGUAGUUAUUUAGAGCUUCUCUUUAUGAUUUGAAUCUAUAGUAGUAUAAUUCAGUCCUUGAAGUAUUUAAUCAAUAAGGUAUGUUGGAGUAUUAUCUUGAUUCAACUGCUCUGAAGUACUUAACCUCUACUUCUCAAAAUCUAUAGAUUGUGGAUUUUCGAAUAAGCACAGUAGGUUAAAUAGCUAUUUUAAAUUAUGAUGGAUGUGUUUUGGUGUUGAAUUAUUCAAAACGUGAAACUUAAUGGAAAUUAUUGCAUGAAUUCUAACAUGGAGAGAACGUAAAAUCAUUUGAUUUUAACUUCAAAAAAGUUGGAACAUAUGUUAUCAAUUAUGGAAAUAAGAUUCUAUUUUAGACUCUUACAGAUUCAUUUUCAUAAAUCUUAGACACACAAGUUGACUAAAUUUAUAUGGCAUAAUCAGUAAUAUUUACAUUAUCAGAAAAUAAAAUAAUAAGAACAUUUGAUUUGUAAUUAAGAAGCAUCUCCUAAAAGGAAGUACCAAAUAUACAGUUCUUAUUAAACGAUUACACAUAAGAUGAUAUCAUAGCUAUUAAAUAAUUCAACAUAGGAAGGUAUCUACUACUUAAUUAACACUCUAUAGUCCAUAAAUCAAAUAUAAUUUAUGAAGAUACACAUGUAUCUUAAAUUAUCUAAAAUCUGCCUAACAAUGAAAAAUGCACAUUUUAAAUACAUCAUUCGACAGUUUCAACAGACACUGAACGAAUCUUCGUAUCAGAAACAAAUCAAAGUUUAUUUUCUGGUGCGAUACCAACAUAUCCAAAAAAUGCUCAAAUCUAUUUAAAUGUUUAAACAAUUUAAGGAUAGAAUAUAAAAAUAAAAGCUUUAAAUAUCUCCAAUAAUUUGGUAAACCUCCACAUAAGUGUAAAAAAGUUUGAUAAUUCAAACAUUUAGAUUCAACCAAGCAAUAGUUCUUUAACCUUUUUCUCAGUUGCAUAAAUUGAAUAGGAAUAUUUGAUAGCUAAAUAAUUUAAUAAUGAUUGGGUUCAAUUUACUUAUUGCUCAAUUGCAAAUUCAACUUGUUAGAUUUUUUAGACUAUGAUAAAGUUAGACUAUUUAAGGCAGAAUAAUUCAUGCACUUGGUCUUCAUCCAAUACGAUGUUGAUAGCAUAUCCAUAAACAGAUCCAUAUACUCUUUUUGUAUUCACAAUGUAAAAUAAAAAAAUAUUCACUCAUACCAUCACAACUAAGAGCUAUGGUGAUAAAGUUUAAAAAAGCAAAGAAGUUCUACUUCUAUUAUCAAUAGCUAAUUCUACAAUCGAAGCCUACUAUUCUUCCUAUAUUGAUUUAUUGAGCCUCUUUGAGAUUAAUUCCUAAACCAUCUAGGCUUUGGGAGUAAAAAAAUGGGCUCCUUCAGGCAUUCACGCUAAUCCAUAGAGUACUAAAGUAUUUGUUAGGAAUCAGGAAGAUACUGAAGUGAUCAUUUUAAGUUGCUCUUUGAUUGGAUUUUCAAUAAUUGACAUCCUAACAUUUGAGGAUAAAGUCUAAGACAUUUUAAUAUUUGAAAAGUAUUUUGCAAUCAUGAUUGGCAAUUAAUAUUUAAUAUAUGAUAUGGUUUAAUAAGAGGACAUUCAUUUUGUCAGAUAGUUACCUUCUUUUGGCUAUAAAAUGAAUAUGGCAACGCGAUAUACUUAUGAUGGUUGGAUUUACAUAAUCUCUGAUAAUAAACUCUUGGUUUAUAAUGUAAACAAGUUGAAUGUUAAUUCAUUUUGGCAUAAAGUAGAUGUGUAUGAAGAAAGAUUUUUGACUGCUUUUGAUAAUAAAAUUUUUAUUAAAGAAGAUACAAUUAUUGAAUUUUAUCAUGAUUUCUAAAUAUAAUCUACUUGCGAAAUGAAAAAUUCACUUUUCAUCGAACAAAUUAAUAUGACAACAUUUAUUGAAAAUUAGAAUUAGAAUAUUAUUCUAUCUUCUGUUGAAACUAUAAGGAAUUUUCAAACUUAAAUACAAUUAAAUCAGGAUGAUUUGAAUGUGACUCAAUAAUUAAGUUAGAAAUAUUAGGAUUUUUGUGAAACAAUUUCAGAUGAUUGGAUCAAGAACUCGAUAGUCACAAACAUAGAAUUGAAUUGUAGAGAUUGUAAUUAUUAAAUUUAAUUACAACAAUAUCUAAACUUAAAUCAAAUCAAUUAUUUUGAAGCUGGAGUGGACAUCAAAGAUUUAGAUCAAAAUUAAUUGAUCAUUCUCUAUCCAAAUAAAUUUAUUAUUAUUCAAACAUCAAACAAAUAAAUCAUUCAAUAAGCCUAAUUUGAUUAAAAAUGCACUCAAAUAUUAUAUUCAUCAUCUUCAAAGAUUCUCUUAAAAUGUAACAUUUAAGAUUCCUUGUCUAUAAUGUAAUGGAGGUCUAUUGAUAAUACUUUUAAAGUUGAUAAAGAGAAUUUAAUCAUAAGUUCCAAAUUAAUCGAUAUAGCAUUGUUUGGGUAAGAUAUGUUUUUGAUUGAGAAAUAUUUAAUUGCUUUUUAUUAAUGUAAUGAAGAUUUUAGACUAAAUUAAUGCAAAUUAGUUACAAAUAUGCAGUUACCAGGAUAUUACAUGAAUAUCAUAUAGAAUACAUCCUAAUAUUACAUAUAUUAUUACGAUUACCAAUUAAAUAUAUUACCAUUUGACCCAAAGCAAAGCGAAUAAUAAAUUGAUUUAGAGAAGCAUACGAUUGAUAUUAAUAAAAUUAUAAAGAAUCAUGGAUUCUAAAAUGUAGAUGAGGAAUGGUUGAAUUUGCACAUAAUCAGCUCUGAAAUAAUUAAUUAGACUAUAAAGUAGGAGCUAUUGUUUAUAUCUUAAACAUAUUUACAUUUUUAAAUACAUGUCGAAUUGUCACCAAAAAAGGGUCAGUCAAAAGAGAAAUUACUUGUAUUCCAGAAUUAUGCAGAUUGGAUUGCGAUAAAGUCAAUUAGCUAUUAAAAUAAGGUGAUCAUUUAGUAUCAAAAAGAUGAAUAAAGCAUCCUAACACUAUAUCAAUAAAACUAAUACGAGGUUAUAAAUCCCAUUGGAGGAAUAGCAAUUCCAACUGAUUCAGAUUCUAAUUUCGAAAUAAUAAGUGAAUUAUAUUAACCAUUUCUCUAUAGUGUAGAUUAAAGUAAACAGAGAUAUUAUAACAAAUAUAGUCUUAAUGAUAAAUUGGAAUUAUGUAUCAAGGGAAAAAUAGAAAAUGAGUACUUGCAAUUUAAUGUAUCUAAUGGAUUCACUUCUUCGAUUGCUUCUGUCUAAUUACUUGUGGUAUACAAUUACUUUACAUUCUGGUAAAUAUGGGUACUAAUAAUUGUGAUAUUAAUUUGCUUUGGAAUUGGAUAUUACUUUUGGAGGAAAAGAUAGAAUGAAAAAAAAAGGAAGCUUUAUUUAAUAGAAUGA